GCCGCGGGGAGCUCCCAGGUGGACUGGAGGCGGGCGGUACCUGCCCGCGGAGCUGGACCGGUCCUCCCGCCGCGCUGCGCGCAGUGAGCGGAAAGCGGGGGGAUUCCUUGGAGAAGCGGUGCGCCCUGAACCGGCCGCUGAUGAAGACAGACACAGUGUCCCUGGAGCCCCUGAGCUGAAAGGGACCGGAGAGGGCCGGCAUGGGCCCCGAGCUGACCGGACCUUGGCUGCUGCUCUUCACCUGGCUCCCAGCAGGGUGUGUGUCCUUGCUGGUGACAGUCCAGCACACGGAGCGCUACGUCACCCUGUUUGCCUCCGUCGUUCUCAAAUGUGACUACACCACCUCUGCCCAGCUCCAGGAUGUGGUGGUGACCUGGCGCUUCAAGUCCUUCUGCAAGGACCCCAUCUUUGAUUACUACUCUGCAUCAUACCAGGCGGCUUUAUCCCUGGGCCAGGACCCAUCCAAUGACUGCAAUGACAGCCAGCGGGAGGUUCGCAUCGUGGCCCAGAGGCGGGGGCAGAACGAGCCCGUGCUGGGGGUGGAUUACCGGCAGCGCAAGAUCACCAUCCAGAACCGAGCAGAUCUUGUGAUUAAUGAAGUGAUGUGGUGGGACCAUGGAGUGUAUUACUGCACCAUUGAGGCUCCAGGGGACACGUCAGGGGACCCAGAUAAGGAAGUGAAGCUCAUUGUCCUGCACUGGCUGACAGUGAUCUUCAUCAUCCUGGGAGCGCUCCUCCUGCUCCUGCUGAUUGGAGUGUGCUGGUGCCAGUGCUGUCCUCAGUACUGCUGCUGCUACCUCCGCUGCCCCUGCUGUCCCACCCGCUGCUGCUGCCCCGAGGAAGCCCUGGCCCACCACCGCUACAUGAAGCAGGCUCAGGCCCUAGGCCCUCAGAUGAUCGAAAAACCCCUGUACUGGGGGGCGGACAGGAGCUCCCAGUUUUCAUCUUAUCCAAUGAAUCCACUGCUGCAGCGAGAUUUGUCCCUGCGAUCCAGCCUCCCAGAGAUGCCAGUGACCCAGAGCACCGCUCACCCUCCCAUCACCAACGGUGUCCUAGAGUAUUUGGAGAAAGAGCUGCGGAACCUCAACCCAGCCCAGCCUCUGCCGGCUGACCUCCAAGGCAGAUCUGGCCAUCCCCGCAGCAUGCUGUCCUCCCUGGGCUCUGAGGUCGUGGAACGCAGAAUCAUCCACCUGCCCCCGCUGGUCAGAGACCUGCCGUCUUUGCGGAGGACCAGCAACUCCUCCCGCCAGCAGUGGCUCCCCCCCCCUCCCCCCGGACCCUGGGAUCUGAGGGAGGGGAGAAGGCAACACCGCUACUCUGAUUUCCAGCAGGAGCACCGGGACCGGGAGCCUCAGCGCUGGGCGUUGGAGCAAAGGGAGCUGGGCCGACUGCGGAGCGGAAGGCACCGCGGCUCCAGGCAGCGCGGGUCACCCACGCCCUGGUCAGACAGGGACAGCCUCAGCGACGGCCCCUCGUCCAGCGAGGCCCGCUGGCCGCCCAACCGCCCCCCUCUCCGGAGCCGCUUCCCAGAGAGACCCCGCGGGCCCAGCCCCCGGGGCAGAGCCCAGGGACACCAGAGGCGCCGGCACCGCAGCUACUCCCCUCCGCUGCCCUCCGGCCUCAGUUCCUGGAGCUCCGAAGAGGAGGAGGAGAAGGAGAGGCAGCCCCGGAACUGGGGGCCCCGCGGCCGCCGCCGCCGCUCGCGCUCCCCGAACUGGCCUGAGGAGAAGCCACCCAGCUACCGCUCGCUGGAUGUCACCCCAGGCAAGAAUGGCAGGAAAAAAGGGAGUGUGCAGAGGCGCUCGGAGAGAGAGAGCUCCCAUAGUGGAAGGAGUGUGGUCAUUUAGUCACCAGGCACAACACUGCUUCUGUGGCUACUUCUCAGCUCCUGCGUGUCAUCAGCAUCACCUAGAUUUCCAGCUGACUUGGGAGGGGCCAUUCCAGCUGACUUGAGAUGGACACCGCAAGUUUGUAUCUAACAGUUUUGGCUUAGGUUCUGAGAAUCAAAUAGAAGAAUUUUAUAAACAAAAUUUGAGGAAUUAAUGACUGUAAUUUUAGCCUUGGUACACACUCUGCAUAUUUAGAUAGUCAGACUUGUAAUGAAUUCUAACUGGGAUGUGAUCCCUCAGGAACUUAGUAGCCUGAGUCUUCAACUGGGUUACACUGCUCAGAACUGUGGCCAUUCUCAAAGUGAGAACUCAGGAAUCUUUAAGAGGAAAUCAAACAUUUCCUGCUCCUCUUAGGAGCAGGAAAUCUAUGGAGUACUAUAGGGAAAUUUCCAUGGAAACUUGUCUCCCCCUAUAGCAUAUCUAGAGGAUCCCUCCAUGUUACGAGUCCACUUUACUGCCCCCAAGCCUGGUCCUGAAUGCCUUUGAGGGUUCACUCAGAGAUGGCACAGGAAAUACUCCAGCAAUGUGCCCUCUCACAGGCUAUUUAUUGCGUGUGUAGAAAGUCACAGAGAAGCACUUUUGCACCAGUCUUAUUCCUGUCCUUUGUUUUCUUCUUGCCUUUUUUUUUUUUUGCCUAUAUCUAAUUUAUAUUUUCCCAAAUAACAUGCAUCCAUUAAAACCACUUUAAAUGCUUCUUGGGAACAACACAGUACAUAAGUAAAGAAGAAGUAAGUGAAACCUACUGGCCUGAGGAUUCUGCCCCAAACAUCUAUUUUGAUGCACUUGAUGAAAUUAAGCCUUCUUCCCGACUAAAGCUCAGAGAAGAGCCAGGCCAACCUGAUAAUUUUGGAGUGACCUUUCUCCUGGCACCACUCAGCCUUGCAGAGUUAUUCCCCAAGCAAAGGCAUCCAGGCAGGUUUUACUACUCAGUGCCCCAGGAGGAAGGGUCUGUGCCUCUCUGUAAUAGGCCCUACCUCUCUCAUUUUCCUCAGCCCCUUCUGGUGGCUUCAUCAAUCCAUUUGUGCUUCAUGUAGAGACUCUCCUUGAGCAGACUGUAAGUAGAUGGCCUGAAAGGAAGUGCGUGCGUGUGUGUGUGUGUGUGUGUGUGUGUGUGUGUGUGCGCGCGCAUGCGUGUUCAACAGUAUCUUUAUGUGUAUGGCCUUAAGCUCAUUUUAGAUCCUUUUGUAUUAACAUCCGUUGUUUCUCCCAGUCUCAUUAAUUACAUGUUAGAGAAUAUUGGUUAAAUACCUGCACUGUGCAAAGGUGUCUUUGGGAUUUUUACUAUCCAUAAUGUAACUGAGUCUAAAUUGGU